AUGGCCCCAUCAGCAGUAACACCCUUACCCCAUACUGCCAAUAAACUCCUCGUCAAACCAUGGAGCAGACCCCAGGAAACGAAAGAGGACCUUGAAUGGGCCCCUUUGACCAACAUCGACCUAUCUCGCUUCGACGAACCCGGUGGCAAGCAAGAGCUGACAAGACAACUCUACGACGCGAUAACGCGAGUAGGCUUUUGGGUCGUGACUGGGACAGGCAUCGAUGAUGAAAGAGUCCUUCAUCAGUUCAGCAUUGGAAACACGUUCUUCAAGGAGCCGCUCGAGGAGAAAAGAAAGUUUCCAUGUAAUUUUGCCGAGGGCGAGUAUUUUGGGUAUAGGGAGAAUGAGCGGUGGAUUGGCGACACAGGUGUGAAAGAGAAUAUUGAGAUGCUCAAUAUCCACAAAGACAUCCCCGCCUGGAAAGAUGUUGGCAAACACCAAGUGGUCGCUGAAAACUGGGAAGAAAUACGCGCUUUCCACCGCGACGUGUGGGAAAUAGCGCGAAAGCUCUUUGUCCUGAUCUCCAUCAUCCUAGAACUGCCUGAAAAUUACCUCGCCGAUGCGCACGCUUACGACCAACUCUCAGACGACCACAUGAGAUACAUGGUCUACAAUGUACGCACACAGGAAGAAUGGGACAAAGCACAAGCGUACUCGAAAGGCGGACACACCGACUUCGGCAGCCUGACGCUGCUCUUCAGUCAGCAUGUGGCUGGUCUGCAAAUCAAGACACCAGAGGGAGAGUGGAAACAUGUCAAGCCAAUUAAAGGCGGCAUCACGUGCAAUGCGGCGGACACACUGACGUUUCUGUCCAAUGGCAAGUCUCCCCCUCUCGAUCGCCAAAAUGCACGUGUAACUGACAUGAACCCAGGUUUCAUCAAAUCCACAAUUCACCGUGUCGUCACACCACCCAAAGACCAAAUCGAUAUUCCUCGCUUGGGCUUGCUUUACUUUAGUCGCCCAGGUGAUCAUACGCCAAUGCGGACCGUGCCUUCUCCGUUGCUGGAUCGACUUGGACUGAUCAAGGAUGAGGACAAGGAUUUGAGUAGGUCGGUGCCGUCUGGGACCGAGUACGUGAGAGCGAGAGUCAAGGAUGUGCACCACAAGAAGGUGUUAGAUAAGAGGGAGGGGACAAGUUUUCAGUACAAAGGGCUGGAAGUGAAGAACCAUUACGAGUAG